GGACCGCCGCUGCGGGGAGGGAGCAGGUGGAGGCGGAGGCAGGGGCGGCGAGGAGGAUCGCGGCGGCGGUAAGGCGGGGGGAGCGGCUGGAGGUGGAGGUGGAGCGGCGGGGGGCAGGCGCGGGCGACGGCGGCAUGGAGCGCCUGAUCGCGUCGCUGCCCCUGUUCACCAUGGCGUCGGCGCUGGCGGCGCUGCCGAAGAACUCCCCCGACUGCGCGGUCUGCCUCGCGGCGUUCGAGCCCGACGCCGGGCUGCGGCUGCUCCCGGCGUGCCGCCACGCGUUCCACGCCGCCUGCAUCGACGCGUGGCUCCGCACCAACCCGGUCUGCCCGAUCUGCCGCGGCGCCGUCUCGCUCCCGCUCCCGCCCCUCCCCGCCGCCGCCGCGGGCCAGGAGCCGCUCGGCUCGCGGGCGGGCAGCAGGAGGAGCUUCCGCUUCGAGCUCGGCAGCGUCAGCAACCGCCACUCCUCCUGCGCAGCGGGCGGCGACGACCACCGGCGCACCUACUCGCUCGGCGGCUCCUUCGACUACCGCGUCGACGAGGAGGUCGAGGCCAUCGUGUCCCGCAUCGUCCGCCCCGCGGCGGCGGCCAGGCUGAGCACCGCGGCCCCAGCGGCGUCGGCUGCCCCCGGCGAAGCUCUGGCGGAGGCGGUGGGGUCCCGCGGGUGGCUGGGCGAGUACCUCGACCGCGUCGCCGCCUCGGCGUUGUCCCUCUCCGGGCGGUGGAGCGGGCGGCUGAGCCAGGGCCGCCGCAGCCACAGCCUCCGGCACGACGAAUGGCGGCGCCAGGAUCCGGCGGCGGCCAAGUCGGCGACGCCAGCCGCGGUGACAGCCCCUGGCGAAGAAGCCCUGGCGGAGGCUGCGGGGUCCCGCGGGAGGCCGGGGCCGGGAGAGCUCCGCGACCGCGACAACCUCACCCCCUCGGCGUCGUCCCUCUCCGGGUGGUGGAGCCAGGGCCACCGGCGCGACGAGUCCUGGCGGUGGGACCCGGAGGCGGCGUGCCGUGCGCCGCGGGAGGAGGAGCGGGAGCCGGCGCUCGUGGCCCUGGGCCGGUGGAUCUUCGGCUUCUAGCACGAUCGUUAAA